AUGGAUUCCAAUACCCCUAGUAACAGUUCACCAAAUUAUACACCUAUUGCAAGAAAGAAAAAUGUAUUCAGGCCACCUGUAAGAAACCCUCAACAAGUUUUAUCGACUCCAAAUACUCUGGUGAAGACAUCUGUCGACAAGGUUGACAAAGGCUCUAUUGAGGAUAGGAGAUUAGCCUACGAAUUGAAACUUCUUAACAAUGAAUUCACUAGGCAAAUUAAUUCUUACAAGAUAGAAAAUAAUCAGCUGAAUCAAUCCAUCAAGGUUUUGAAGAAUUAUGAGAAAGAGGAGAAAGUAAUGAGGCUAAUCGAGAAAUGGAGAAGCAUUUCUCAAGCGGGUAUGUCGUACAUGCUUAAUUCUACGAUGCUUAAGAUUACAAAGAUUGGCGGGUAUGAGGAACUGAAAAGAAAGGAAAUGGAAGCUGAAAAACGGAAAAUUGAAUAUCAAGUGGAUGAUAAUUUGCAAGAUGAAAUGGAUAACGUUUUGGAAUCAGAAGAGUUCCAAAUGCUCCCCGAAGAGGAUCAAGAGGAAUACAAAAAUCGUAUGCAGGAUAAAAUAGAAGAAAUGGAAAUUUGGAAGGAGAAAGCGCUUACAAAAUUGGAGGAGCAAGUUAAGUUGAGUGCAAAUCAAGAAAUGACCAUGCAAGAAUUGGCUCAAAGAUUGAAAAUAAAUUAUCAGUUUGUAUUCCCGGAAUAA